GGGGAAUCUCGCGAGGGUUGGAGUUUUGGCGAGAGUUUGUGGAAGAUGGCGCCUGUUGUGACAGGUCAUUGAAAUUAUGAGACUAUCAUUCAAAUGGAAGCAUUAUAGUUCUUCGGAACCAUUAUGAUCUCAAAAGAAAAGGAGAAUGAUACAGAUAUUCUGGCUGAGGUGUUUUGAGGUGCAUCGAAGUGUUCCAAGCUGUGACUUACCUUAACAUGUUCUUGAAGUACCAUGGCGUGGAUUAAAAGGAAAUUUGGUGAGCGCCCUCCACCCAAACGACUCACAAGGGAAGCAAUGAGAAAUUAUUUAAAAGAAAGAGGAGAUCAAACAGUACUGAUUCUUCAUGCAAAAGUUGCACAGAAGUCAUAUGGAAAUGAAAAAAGGUUUUUUUGCCCUCCUCCUUGUGUAUAUCUUAUGGGUAGUGGAUGGAAGAAAAAAAAAGAACAAAUGGAACGUGAUGGUUGUUCCGAACAAGAGUCUCAACCAUGUGCAUUUAUUGGGAUAGGUAAUAGUGACCAAGAAAUGCAGCAACUGAACUUGGAAGGAAAGAACUAUUGCACAGCCAAAACAUUGUACAUAUCUGAUUCAGACAAAAGAAAACACUUCAUGUUGUCUGUAAAGAUGUUCUAUGGCAACAGUGAUGACAUUGGCGUGUUCCUCAGCAAGAGGAUAAAAGUCAUCUCCAAACCUUCCAAAAAGAAGCAGUCACUGAAAAAUGCUGACUUAUGCAUUGCCUCAGGAACAAAGGUGGCUUUGUUUAAUCGACUUCGAUCCCAGACAGUUAGUACCAGAUACUUGCAUGUAGAAGGAGGCAAUUUCCAUGCCAGUUCACAGCAGUGGGGAGCAUUUUAUAUUCAUCUCUUGGAUGAUGAUGAAUCGGAAGGAGAAGAAUUCACAGUCCGAGAUGGUUACAUCCACUAUGGACAAACAGUCAAGCUUGUGUGCUCAGUUACAGGCAUGGCGCUCCCAAGAUUGAUAAUUAGGAAAGUUGACAAGCAGACAGCAUUACUGGAUGCAGAUGAUCCUGUGUCACAACUCCACAAAUGCGCAUUUUACCUUAAGGAUACAGAAAGAAUGUACUUGUGCCUUUCUCAAGAAAGAAUAAUACAAUUUCAGGCCACUCCAUGUCCAAAAGAACCAAAUAAAGAGAUGAUAAAUGACGGAGCUUCCUGGACAAUCAUUAGCACAGAUAAGGCAGAGUAUACAUUUUAUGAGGGAAUGGGGCCAGUUCUAGCCCCGGUCACCCCUGUGCCUGUUGUGGAGAGCCUUCAGUUGAAUGGCGGCGGGGACGUAGCAAUGCUUGAACUCACAGGACAAAACUUCACUCCAAACUUACGAGUGUGGUUUGGGGAUGUAGAAGCCGAAACAAUGUACAGAUGUGGAGAGAGUAUGCUCUGUGUUGUCCCAGACAUUUCUGCAUUCCGAGAAGGUUGGAGAUGGGUCCGACAGCCAGUCCAGGUUCCAGUAACUUUGGUCCGCAAUGAUGGAAUCAUUUAUUCCACCAGCCUUACCUUUACCUACACCCCAGAACCAGGGCCGCGGCCCCACUGCAGUGCGGCAGGGGCGAUCCUUCGAGCCAACUCAAGCCAAGUGCCGCCUAACGAAUCAAACAGCAACAGCGAGGGAAGUUACACAAAUGCCAGCACAAACUCAACCAGUGUCACAUCGUCUACAGCAACAGUGGUGUCCUAACUACCGUCUUUUUGUUAGGACUUCAACUGACUCAAGUGCGGCAAAAAAAAGUUGACACACAAAAAAGAACAAUGUUUUGUGGCUUCUUGGGGAAACUUCAUACCAGGUGAUAGAUGCUAUUAAAUAAAAAACCCUGUUACCUGCAAGUGCUGAUGUGAAACACAGAAGCCACAGUAAAA